AUGUGUGGGAUCUGCGCAAUCAUUACUCCUUAUGGAGCGGACCUCGUCGAUUCCGACCUUGGUAAGACUCCCGAGCCUGACGCCGUCACAAGCUCUUCUCAACGGCCAGGUCCUCAGCCCACCUCGGCUUCUACUCCUAUCGCCGAGCCGAACCACACCGUAGGCAACGACACCGACCUACUCCACCCGACCACUCCCACGACCUUUUCAUCGACUUCUUCCUCCUCGACUCACCUAAACCUAUAUGCCGCAUCCUUCAGGUACAAAGACGCUCGACCGAGGACUCCUGGCUCUGAGCCGCCUUAUACCGAGAUCCAGAGGCCGAGGUCGAUCUCCAGAUCCAGAUCGAGACUGGACGAGCAUCGCAGCGCCAGAAUCAAAGCCGAUGGGGCUGGUGAAGGUGUAGUGACUGGGAACGGGGAAGGGAAUGGCAAGGUUAAUGAGGAAGGAAACGGAAACGGGACUGGGAAUGCAGGAGCACGAGAUCCGGGCGAACAGUCUGUCUGGGUAGAUACGGCUCGGGCUGAACAGGCCGCCCAGGAGGGCAAAGACCCGGCCGCAGCUUCCACCGCCGUCUUAUCUGCCCCUUCAUCUCCAUCAGCUUCCCCUUCUGACCCGCCCUCGUCAGAUUCCGCGCAGUCAGAAACUGCGACUCCAUCGAUUACCGCCGCUACCGAACCUAGCUCGCCUUACAGGAUCCGGCUCGAGAACGAGCUCUUGCAGAGCCUCGAGACGAUAGCGCAUCGAGGACCCGAUGGAAAAGGAGUUUGGAUCGGGGAGGAUUGUAGGGUCGCUCUGGGGCAUGUCAGGUUAUCGAUCCGGGACUUGUCGGUUGCAGGCAGGCAGCCGAUGCAUUCGGAUGAUGAUAAUGUACAUAUCGUCGUCAAUGGAGAGAUCUACAUGUACGAAGAGCUCAAAGCCACCCUGGAAUCGCGUGGGUUCACUUUCCACUCGCAUUCCGAUUCCGAACUCGUCCUCUACCUGUACAUGGAAUACGGCCAAGACUUCCUCCAACACCUUCGCGGCGAAUUCAGUCUGAUCGUCUAUGACAGCGCCAAACGAGUUGUUAUCGCUGCGAGGGACCGAUACGGUAUCAAGCCUCUGUUCUGGACCGUCACACCCGAAGGCAGGAUCUUGAUCGGGGCCGAGAUGAAGUCUUUUCUCGGCUUAGGUUUAGUUCCCGAGUGGGACGUCAAGUGUCUGAGGGACUGUGGGUGGUUGUAUGACACCCGCACGAUCUUGCGCGGGGUAAACAGAUUGAGGCCCGGUCACAUGCUUGUCAUCGGAUUGGACGGCACGAUCGAGUCGAAGCCUUAUUGGGAACCUUCUUACCCGGAUAAGAACGUGCCCGAUAACAGGACGUUCGAAGAGAUGGUCGAAGGCGUCCGAUCGAGGUUGAUCGACUCGGUCGCUUGCCGUCUGCGAGCCGACGUGCCCAUCGGAGUUUACCUCUCGGGUGGGAUCGACUCGAGCGUCGUCGCCGGGAUCGUCACUCAUCUCCUCAAGAAUGGUCUGACCGCCGGUAGUCAGGAUUCCCGCAAAUUGAAAUGUUUCACCAUCGAGUUCGAUGCGGGAGCCCACAACGAAGUGGCCAUCGCCAAACGGACUGCGGAUUUUCUCGGGGUCGACUUCAAGCCGAUGCACGCUAGUGAACAGAUGUUGGUGGACAAUUUCGAGCAGGCCGUCUGGGCUAUCGAGCAGCCAGCGAACGAUCUGAAUUUUGUGGGCAAGUACAUGUUGUCCCGGUUCGUCAGUGGACAGGGUUACCCGGUCGUCUUGACUGGCGAGGGUGCCGACGAGCAUUUUGCCGGUUACUCGCUGUUCUUGGCCGACUACCUCGCCGAAGCCGACAAAACCGCGCCGCAGAUGGCCAUAGACGAUCAAGUCAGAGAGCGACACCUGACUCGAGUCCGCGAUAUGGCUCAGGACGAACCCGGUCGGAACGCCUUUGUUCGCAACCCGGUCGAGUUCCCUGGCAAGUCGAACGUUUUGCGCUCGAUCAACCACCUCGAGUACCCCCAGAUCCAGUCGAACGGGGUCAGCGACAUGAAGGUCUUUGCCGGGUGGACCGAGGGAUACGGUCGGGGCAACCCGAUUCUGACCCUCGUUGAUCAGCUCGAUGGCGUGAUCAGAUCCAAGAUUCGAGACUCCUGGCAUCCGCUACACUCGGCGCUGUAUAUGUCGCUGCGACCGAUGGACGGGAUCGUCCUGUCGUCUCUGGGUGACCGGUCCGAGAUGGGACACUCGCUCGAGGGCCGUCCGCCUUUCCUCGAUCCAGUAGUUACCGACUACGUCAAUCACCUGCCACCCUCGGCCAAGAUUACCAUCGAUGCGAAGGGCAUGGUCAAGGAGAAACGUGUCUUGCGAGAGGCAAGCCGUCCCUUCAUCUCGGACGAACUAUACGAACGGACUAAACAUCCCUACUCGGCACCCGCCAACUACCCGACGGGUGGAGCGGUCCACGCGCUGAUCCUGAAACACGUCACCGAGGAAAAGCUCGAGGCGUUAGGUUUCGUCGACAUCGAUUAUGCCAAGCGACUCAUGAAGGAGGCUUUCCAGGAAGGCGGAAUGGGCGCAUUCAGGCAGGUGUUGAUGCUGGCCCAAUACACGAUUUUGCAGACGGCUUUCGAAAUCAAGACUGCUAGGCCCCUUCAAGCGUUGUAG